AUGAACGUGUUUUCAGAGCUUCGGCGUGCGUCUACAGCUAGGACACGAGCUCUCGGUGGCCUUGUGAAUGCCAAGUCAACAAUUGCUCCUGGCAAGAGGCUUGCGACCUGUAAGCUCGCUCGUCCGAAGACGAAGUGUUCAAGACAAAACGUUUUCCAGGUGCUUGUGGAUGGUUCAAGUGCGACAAUUCCAGUGCCAGGUGCACGGCGGCGCCAGCGGAACGCCCGGCACGGCGCUCGUCUCAUGCCACGGCCGGGAGUACCUUUCCCAGCAACCUCGGUGGGAAGCACCAGUCCUGCGACCAGCGUCAGCGGCUCCGAACAGGACCUUACUGUAGACCUCGACUACGCACCAUCGCUGGGUCCGCUCCGUGAGGUCCUCUGCGUGUUAGCGCCCGUCCUGCUGGUCGCGCUGCUCUAUGUCGCCACGGGACACCUGCACUAUGGAUUAUGGCCAGCAAACUUAGCGAGCAUAGUUCUCGCAGCGGCGCUGGCAUCCCUUGCGCGCUCGGUAUGGCUGGAAAAAGCUUACAAGGCGCGAGAGCGUGCGUUUGCGGCGCUCGGUGACCCAGAUUCGCGCUUCCGGCCCUUUACUAGCGCCGCGGCGGGAGGGGCAAGAGGAGGCGUCCAGCAACUGGUAGUGCACGUCAAGGUCAAGGUCGGGGACCUGAACUCUCCAACAAUCGGCAACGAUGGGGCUGAGAGCGACGGUGCACCCGCCGACGACGGCAGCAUGGGUGAUGAUGCACAUGGCGGUGGUACUCGUGCUGGCGGAGCUGGAGCCCCGGAGGACAGCCUUGAUGCCCCUGCUUCGCAAGGAGGGAACGCAGUUACAGCCGUGCACUGCUACCAUGGUUUCGGCGCCAACCUGGGGUCGUACAAGCGGGUGCAGGAGGAGAUGGCGGCAGCGCUGCGCGGUGUGGUAACGGCCCACGACAUGCCGGGCUUUGGGCUUACGCAGAGGCCCUCGGACAUUUCUUCCUACUUUUUGACGUUCAAUGGCCGCUUGGGCCGGUUCGUGAUGGACUACGAGUUGCAGCAGCUGGGGCUGAUCCCUCCGGGGGAAGCUGUGCAGGGGCAGCGUCAGUUCAACAGCACGGCGGCUUACGGCGACAUCUGUCGCCGUACCGGUGGCCCGGUAGCAGCCUUCGCAAGACGCGACCCGAAGCAUCAGCUGCAGCUAGAGAAGGCCCCGGGCGAAACCUCGGCCUCCCCAAAGCUGCCACGUUUCGGAACGGGCACCAGCGUGCCGUCCGCAUCGGUGGCGGCCCCCGGGGCUGUUGGACCAGACGGCGAUCCCCUCACUGGAGAGGUGUUGAUGAAGGUGGCAUCCGCAGAGGCCGCUUCGCCGGACAGCUCUGGUGAAAGGGUGGUGGCGCAGCAGCACCGAUGCGAGGACCGUGGAGAGGGGCAGACGAAGCAGGCCGCACGCGUCGCACAGACUCGCGCCAUCAAGCGCAUCCUUAUCGGUCACUCACUCGGCGGCGCCUGCGCUUCCCUGGAGGCCGUGGCCAACCCGGACGACCUGGCCGGGCUGGUGCUGGUGGCUCCCGCGGUCAUCGCUCUGCCUGGGCCCGAGUACCAGGCAGUCACACUAUCACCCGACCGGCCCAGCGGUGAAAGCCUUGGUACGGCAGAGGCAGCGGCGGCAGAGCAGCUCCGAACCGCCCACGCCCGCGCAGCAGCGCACUUGGGCUCUGAGCCGAUUGGCACCCACGUGACCGACCCUCCGGAGGUACGGCGGUUGUACCCCGUGGGCCCGAUGCCCGGUGGGCCUGGGAGCGGUUUUGUUACGAGUGGCAACAGUGCUGGCGCUGGCGAUUGCAAGACGAGCCGCGGCGAGCGGGGCGGCGUGCGUGCGGGGACUCUCCUGCGCGCCGCGCGGAUGCUGUUGGUGGCCCUGGCGUCGCUGGCGCUGAUGACGGUGCUGCGGCUGCUGGCGCCAGUCAUCACACUGCUGCUGCGGUCGCUGGUGCGGCGGCGGACCUUUUGGGUCAAGGGUCUGCAGCAGGCGUACUACAACCCAGGGGCCGUGACGCAGGACAUCGUGGAUUCGUACCGCUUGCCGCAACUGGUCAGCGGCUGGGAGAGCGGAAUGGUCAACUUCCUGUUGGCUAGGCUCACCAGACCCAAUGGCAGCUUGCAAACGCUGUUACGCCAGGCCUCGAAAAUAUUGGAGCCUGCGUCGACCUCUGCAGCGCUGGCAGCCACUGCCGCAGCCGCCAGCGCCCUCGCCAAGCGAUCGGCGGCGACAGCACGAGAGCUCUCCCGGUCAUCCUCCUCCGCCUCCGCAGCUGCCUCUGCCUCCACCUUCUCCUCCUCCUCUGCCGCGUCCUCUUUUUCCACUUCCCCGCGGGACGAUGAUGGCAGUACCGUUGUGGGCAACGACAAAGUGGAUGAGGUCGAAGGCGAUGGCGACCUCGCGACGCGGUUGGCGGCGCUGGUGGCAAGCAGGGGCCUGCCCGUGCUCAUCAUUCAUGGGCUCUACGACAGGCUGGUGCCCGCAUCAAACAGCCAGCGUUUGGCCCGCAUGCUGCCCGGCUGUGAGCUGGUGCUGCUGGACCGAUGCGGCCACAUGCCGCAGGAAGAGCUGCCGCAACUAUUCGUGAAUUUGGUAGCGGAGUUUGCUGCGCGUUUGCCUUGA